AUAUUCGAAAAAAGAAAAACAAAGAAACAAGGUCUUCUUUCAAUUUUCUUAUUCGAGGAAGUGGGACAGAAUGGAAUAAUUAUUUGUUGGCAAAAGAUACAGACAGAAUCUGAAAUUCAGAAGAUCUGAAUGGAGAAUCCUAAUCAGGUGUGUUUGUCAACAAAGUUGCAGUUGCUGGAGACUGAAGAUGCAGGAAAAGAUUCUUAUUGGAUUCGAGAAAUGGAAGGCCAAGAAGCUGCCACCGCUAACUCUUCUUCUUCUUCAUGGUUUUCUCAUUUCUGCACUUCAGCUCGCAGGGUCAAACCGCUUCAUUCAUCCUCCAAUUGUUCCGCCAGAACCAAUUCAGGCGACGGUUUGGUCCGCCGGCUUACCAUCCUCGUCAUACUCAUCGGCAUCGGCGCCUCUAUCGGCGCCGGCAUCUUCGUCGUCACAGGCACCGCCGCUCGUGACGCCGGACCUGGAGUGACGAUCAGUUUUAUACUUGCCGGAGCAUCAUGCGUGUUGAAUGCGCUUUGUUAUGCUGAGCUUUCUUCUCGAUUUCCUGCUGUUGUCGGGGGAGCCUAUCUCUAUACAUAUGCAGCUUUCAAUGAACUCACUGCUUUUCUUGUUUUUUCGCAACUGAUGCUUGACUAUCAUAUCGGCGCUGCCAGUAUAGCGCGCAGUUUAGCAGGCUACAUUGUUGCAGUUCUAGAGCUUUUUACAAUUUUUAAAGACAACAUACCAAGCUGGAUUGGAAAUGGUGAACAGUUGGCAGGAGUUUUGUCCAUCAAUAUAUUAGCUCCAAUUCUUCUACUGCUUUUGACACUUAUUCUAUGCCGGGGAGUUGGAGAAUCCUCUGUCUUGAACGCCAUCAUGACCUCAUUAAAGAUUAUCAUUGUUAUUAUCGUCAUUUUCGCUGGUGCUUUCAAUGUUGAUGUUUCAAAUUGGUCUCCUUUCCUUCCAAAUGGUUUCAAACCAGUAUUGAGUGCAGCUACUGUGGUGUUCUUUGCAUACGUUGGAUUUGAUGCUGUAGCUAAUUCGGCUGAAGAAUCAAAGAAACCUAAGAGGGAUUUACCAAUAGGAAUUCUUGGAAGCCUUUGCGUUUGUAUUGCAUUAUACAUUGCCAUCUGCUUAGUGAUCACUGGGAUGGUACCAUACCAUUUAAUUGAUGAAGAUGCUCCAUUGGCUGAAGCAUUUACGUCCAAGGGUUUGAAAUACAUUUCAGUUUUAAUCAGUGUAGGUGCUGUUGCUGGACUUACAACAACCCUUCUAGUUGGUCUCUAUGUUCAGUCUCGACUAUAUCUUGGGCUUGGAAGGGAUGGUUUACUGCCUUCAAUCUUUGCUAAAGUACAUCCAACUCGUCAUACUCCUAUUCAUUCUCAAGUCUGGGUUGGCACUGUUGCUGGUAUCUUGGCAGGGUUAUUCAACGUGCAUGUUCUCUCACACAUUCUUUCUGUUGGUUCAUUGACAGGUUACUCGGUCGUUGCAGCUUGUGUUGUAGUUUUGCGCUGGAAGGAUAAGAAAGCAAAUCAACUUUCUUGUAUUUCGACCUGGCAGGAAGGUGUCAUUUGCCUCACCAUAGUUCCUUGUUGUGGCUUUGCUACUGGACUGCUAUUCCGUUUUGGUGUUCCAUUAUACUUUCUGGUUAUUCCAGUUGCUGCGGCAAUUCUUGCUUCUACAGUUCUUUAUUGUCGCCAAGCUUAUGCGCUUCCUUCGGAUUCAGGGUUUUCUUGUCCUUGGGUGCCCUUUAUACCAUGUAUUUGCAUAUUCUUCAACAUCUUCUUGUUUGCUCAGUUGCACUAUGAAGCAUGGGGGAGGUUUGUUGUUCUCAGCAUUAUUACAACAAUUAUUUAUGCAUGCUAUGGGCAGUAUCACGCCCAUCCAAGCUCAGCUGAGACCAUAGUCUAUCAUCGGGCACCUGAAGAAUAAACUCUGCCUCUGCCAAUAUGUUUCCAGUGCUCCACUGUCCUGGUCUUGCAUAUUGGCUCUGGUUUUGCACCUUUUCAUUACUUAUGUAAUACGUUAUUCUUGGGUCUACUCUUAUUAGACCUGUUGAGUAAAAGCAGUGUAAGUAUAUGUAAUUGGUAUUUUAGAGAGUUAUGCAUUUGGUGGAAGAGCUGUUUCAGAUUUAUUAUUCUUUUCUUUUCUUCCCUCCCGCCCGUCUUAAUCCAUUGGAUUAUGUUCUUUUGUUGGAAAUGCUGUUGUUAGAAUCCACGCUCCAGUGGUGUUUAACAAAUGGUGAUUAAAUACUCAUUAUUCGUAAA